AUGAGCCUCCGCCUGCCUCUCUGGGGAGGCAAAUUCGCCUCCGACGCCGUCAGAGACAAAUUCUACGAGGACCUGCACGCCCUCUUGGCGACUGUGUCGAUGGUGGACAAGUUGAUUGUCCUUGGUGACUUCAACGCCCGUGUCGGCACAGACCAUACUGCCUGGAGAGGAGUGCUGGGUCCCCACGGUCUCCGCGGCUCAAAAGACAAUGGUCUGCUGCUCCUCCGCACCUGCACAGAACACCGCCUCAUCCUGACAAACACCUUCUUCUGUCUGCCGGAGCGAGAGAAGACCACCUGGAGGCAUCCUCGGUCGCGCCAGUGGCACCUGCUGGACUAUGUCCUCGUCCGAAGGCGAGAUCAGGGGGACGUGCUGGUGACAAAGACGAUCGCGGGCGCUGACGGGUGGACCGACCAUCGCCUCGUCAUCUCGAAGAUGCGUAUUCGCCUACAGCCUCGCAGGAGACCACAAGGUAAGCGACCCCCAGGUAAGCUGAAUUUUGCCUUGUUGUCUUUGCCCGUUCACCAUCUUCAUUUCAGCAAUGAGCUAGCUCAAAGGCUAGACAACCUUCCCAUCGCUGCCGCCGACGACGCCGCCGCUGCCGAGAACGCCUCCGUGGAGAACCGCUGGUGUCAACUGCGAGACACGGUCCAGUCCACGGCGCUCGCCGUCCUCGGUCGCGCUCCCCGCCAACACCAGGACUGGUUCGAUGACAACGACGCCGCCAUCAGAAAUCUGCUAGCUGAGAAGAACCGCCUACACAAAGCCUACGUAGAUCACCCCACUGAUGCCACCAAAGAUGCCUUCUACCGCAGUCGCCGCCAACUUCAGCAACGACUGCGCGAGAUGCAGGACGCCUGGACUGCUCGCAAAGCUGAGGAGAUCCAAGGGUACGCGGACCGCAACGAAUGGAAGAACUUCUUCUCUGCGAUCAAGGCUAUCUACGGUCCGCCGACGAAGGGCACUGCUCCUCUCCUCAGCGCCGACGGCAACACUCUCCUGACUGAGAAGACGCAAAUCCUGCAGCGAUGGGCCGAGCAUUUCCAAGGUGUCCUCAACCGCCCCUCCGUCAUCUCCGACGCCGCCAUCGAGCGUUUGCCGCAAGUGAAGACCAACGUGGACCUCGACUUCCCGCCAUCUCUCCAGGAGACCAUCAGGGCCGUGCAGCAGCUCUCCAGCGGGAAAGCACAAGGAUCGGACGCGAUCCCUGCUGAGGUCUACAAGCACGGAGGUCCCCAACUAAUGGAUCAGCUGACUGCGCUCUUCCAAGAGAUGUGGCGUCAGGGUGAAGUCCCGCAAGAUUUCAAAGACGCAACCAUCGUGCACCUAUACAAGCGCAAAGGGAAUCGCCAAGUCUGCGACAAUCACCGCGGCAUCUCCCUGCUGAACAUCGCCGGGAAGAUCUUCGCCCGCAUCCUUGUUAAUCGCCUCAAUAACCAUCUGGAACGGGGCCUUCUGCCGGAAAGCCAAUGCGGCUUCCGUCGUCAUCGUGGGACCACGGAUAUGAUCUUCGCCGCCCGCCAACUUCAGGAGAAGUGUCAGGAGAUGCGGACCCACCUGUACUCUACCGUCGUGGACCUGACGAAAGCCUUAGACACGGUGAAUCGUGAAGGACUGUGGAAGAUCAUGCAGAAAUUCGGCUGUCCGGAGCGAUUCACUUAG